AAUUGAUCGCAACGACGAACAGAUUCUCGACAAUCGACAACAGCAACCAUGGGUCGUCUUCACAGCAAAGGAAAGGGUAUCAGCGCCUCGGCCAUCCCAUACUCACGAUCGGUGCCCACCUGGUUCAAGAGCACCCCCGAGACCGUGGUCGAGAACAUCUGCAAACUCGCCAGAAAGGGUGCCACUCCUUCGCAGAUUGGCGUCGUCCUCCGAGACAGCCAUGGUGUUGCCCAAGUCAAGGUCGUCACCGGUAACAAGAUCCUAAGAAUCCUCAAGUCUAACGGUCUUGCCCCCGAAGUUCCAGAAGAUCUCUACAUGUUGAUCAAGAAGGCCGUCGCUGUCCGCAAGCACCUCGAGCGCAACCGCAAGGACAAGGACUCCAAGUUCCGUCUCAUUCUCAUCGAAUCCAGAAUCCACCGCCUGAGCAGAUACUACAAGACCGUCGGUGUCUUGCAACCCAACUGGAAGUACGAGAGCGCCACCGCAAGCACCCUUGUGGCAUAAACGCGUCGUUCAAAGUGAUGGGAUAAGUAAAAGAUGUGUCUGCGUGAGCAUGCGUCGACAGGCUUUGCGGUUUUAAAAGGAGCAUGAGGACUGGGGAGGUUCAGAAGAAGAAGAGUAGUUCUCAUACGUCCAGACUGCGCAGACCCCAUCGUGGGCGAUUAGCCGUAGCUGGAGAGUUGCAAGGUCAAUGACUCGAAAAAUCAAUAGAUGAGGCAGCUAUGCUCAAUGUUACGAUUUGCAUGCCACCC